AUGGACGUUAACAAUUUUAUUUCAUAGCAAACAUAACUCUCUGGAUAUUCACUAUUAACUAAAUCUUUUAAAAUAACUAAGAAAAAAAAUUCCAUGAUAAUUUAAGGAAUUAUCCUAUAAUACAUUAAAAAAUUCAAAUUAAUGAAUAUUUUAUGUUUUUCAAUAUCAACAAACAAGAUAAAAAUAAAUCCAAAAUAAAGAUAAUCAAAACCAGCAAAAAUUUUAUUAUAACCAUCUUUACAUCCAAUCACACCAGUUGCCAUUUUUUCAAAAAAUAAAACUAUGGUGAAACAAAAAGUAUAAUAAGUUGAAUAAAAGCUCCCUUAAUAUUUUACAAAUAAAAAAGCAACUAAAAUAGUGUAAAUCAUCAAAGGAUAGUAGAUAAACGAGCACCAGAAUAGUUAUUUCUACUUUUACAUAUCUAUUAAUUUAGAGAAAAUAAGACUUUUAAUAUAAAUCAAUAUGUUGACAGAAAAGUAUUUAAGAAUAAAAACAAAGAUAGAUAAAUAGUUUUAAAUUAAUUUUUUUUGGAUAAUUAAUAGGAGAAAAUAAGACUUUUAAUAUAAAUCUAUAUGUAGGCUAAAAAAGGUAAUUUAAAAUAAAAUAAAGCUAUUUAUUUCUAAUUCCUAUCCUACUAAAUAAUAAAAUAUAAAUUUGCUUAUUAAGAUUUCAGCCCUUCUCUUUUUAAUUAAUUACUGA